GCCCGACCUCACGGCCACACCAGAUCCACCGGUGCUCACCACCCAAACGCCGCACGCACCCGUUCGAUACACCAAAAAAUCCGCACCGCCCGUGCGCAUCUUUUGGUGUACUCAGCGGGCCUGAACUCGGCCGCCCGAGCAAAGCCGACAGCGGUUUGCAAGGGAACCGAAACAAAUCGCUACCGGAUUACGCAGCCGCACAAAGUUCGUCAAAUCCGACGCCCGCGAUCUCAAUCGCUAAAACCGGUUCGCGCGACAAGUGCACGGUGACAGUCCGGUCACAACGCGAGCACGCGCGACAAGUUUGCUCCCAAACUCAGCCAACCAGACCAGUCACCCCGAAGUCCAAAAUCGGCCGACAAAAGCGUCCACCCAGCCACGACCAGACGUCUCACGUCCAGGCCCGUCAGCUGAUCCGGUCCACCUCGUCGAGCCCGAUCCAACAAGACCCCGAGCGGGCAAUUCCGUCCACCAGGACCCAGGUAGGAAGCCAUGCCGUCAAGCAUCCCAGACUGCUGGGACAUGGAACACGACCCGACAAAAAACACACAGACCAAGAGGAAGCAAACCAGCUCUCCUUCCCCGGACCGCACCAUGAAGAAGAAAGGUACGAAACUUCCAAAGGUUUCGAACAUCACCGACACCACCGGCGCCCUUCGCACGGCAACCAAGGCGACCGAAUACGCCUGCGAACUGGUCCAAGGACUAGCUGACGAGUUCUGCACCGAAGAACUCAUCGGGCCAUGCCUCUCAAAAGUCGCAAAGGCACUCGAACAGGUCGGCGCAGCCCUGUUCCACCUCUCAAGGGAACGAGAUGCCACACACGGCAGCCAGCAGCAAACGAGAGCAGACGCCACCACCAACACAGACCCGCCCGAGGAACCUGCCAAUCCGAAGAUCUGCACGCCUGCCGUCGCCAAGGAAUCUACGACCGCGACCGCCUCCAAACCGGCCGCAAAACACAGCCGAACGACCAAUGGAAACAACCGUCGAAAGAAGACCAAGAAACCAAAGUUGGACAACAGAACACCUACAGGAGCACCCCUCGCACGGGGCAAUACAACCCCACUAGCGGAGACAGUGAAACAGCCCGAAUACCACCCGACCGAGCACGCCGAACAGCCCUUCACUCUAGUCGAGAAGGCAACCAGGAAGCCACUCGCCCCGAGACCCCAGCCGAUCAGGAGAACCGUCCAAAGACCCGCAGCGGUGCUGGUCAAAGUAGGAGAAGGGAAGACGUACGCGGACACGCUAAGGGCCGUCAGGGACACGGCUAUCGACUUUGAGGCGAUGGGAACCCACGUCACCGCUAUGAGGAAGACACUAAAAGGAGAUCUUCUGGUAGAACUUACCAAGGGUGCCAAGGCCAUGGCAGCCACCUCCGUCAUCCGGGACAAGCUGGCCGAAAAUAUGGUUGGAUCUGUAGUCACCAGGCUUCGCCACACCGCUGAAGUGGAGAUCACUGACCUAGACGAGGUCACCACAAAGGCAGAAGUCCUGGCUGCGAUCCUCAAGGCCUUACGUGAAGAAGACCUCCCCUCCGCAGACGACAUCAAAAUCACCGGCCUAUGGGCCACCCGAGACAGCCGCCAAAUGGCCACCGCCACCGUUCCCGUCGCCAUCAGCCGACGGCUGACAUCCAUCCGCGUCGGAUGGACCCAGUGUCGCGUCCGCCCGCGUAGACCCGAACCAGCACGGUGCUACCAAUGUCACGGCUUCGGCCACUCCACACGGCAAUGCAAAGGAUCCGACCUCUCGCACGCCUGUAGACGAUGCGGCCAAAACGGUCACACGCAGGCCAUCUGCACCGAGGGAGAUGACCUAUGCGUGGCGUGCGACCGCAUGAAAGCUCCGCGCGUACCUCACAAGCCUGGCUCCGGGGCUUGCGCCGCCCGUCGCCAAGCCAUCUCUGAGAUGAACUCCACUAACCGAACAUGAUCACUUUUCUACAAAUAAAUCUCCACCGGAGCGCCACUGCCCAGAGCCUGGCUCAACAGACCUCCACCUCCAUCGGCGCUCAGGUCCUACUCCUAUCGGAGCAGAACUGGAGUCCAGCUCGGGACGACCGAUGGA